AUGAAGACUCAAAAGGCCCAGGAGGUUGCCACGUUGGUACAAGGCAAUCUCACUGCUGAGCACUAUGCUGCGAAGUUUAUGGAGUUGAGAAGGUUUGCCCCACACUUGAUUGCUACUAAGAAAAUGCAAGCCCAGAAGUUUCAAGCAAGGCUGAAUCCUAGAAUUCGAAGUUAUAUGGUUGUAUUCUGCAUCCACAACUUCCGAGAGUUGGUUAAUGUGGCUGCAAUAGCUGAGGCGAAACAGAGAAGUGUGAUAGCUAAGAUCAACCUCGAGAGAAAGAGGGCUUCUACCUUCACUGUUGGCAAGAACAAUACUAAGAGGAGGAUUAUUGAAGGAGCUAACAAGGGAAAAGGCGUUAUAAUAGCUCCACUUGUCACCUGCAAUAAAUGUGGAAAGAACCACAGUGGUGAAUGCCGUGUAGGCCUAGGAGUGUGCUACCGAUGCGGACAAUUAGGACAUAUGAUACGGGAAUGCCCAUAG